AUGGACACAGAUGAUCAUGGUCCGCAAGGGCAACAAAAAAAUGAAGAGGGGGAAAUGGGGAAAAGGCGGGAUGAAGAGCAUAAUGAAAGACUUGUUCUCACUCCACAGGAUGUAGAAAAAUUAUUGAAAGAUAUCACUGGUGGCAACAAGGUCAAGAGCCAAGCAAUGCUUUUAGCGAGCAAGUAUGGUGAAAUGAUUACAUGCAGUCUGUUUGGAAGGCCAAUAGUGGUGUCUGUGGAUCUUGAAUUCAACAAUGGCAGGAGAUCUGCACAGACAACUGUUAACUUACUCACUAAUGAAAAGUUGAGAAGAAAUUUCAUGCCUGCCAUUCAAGUUGAGGAGCAUGAAACAAUCCAAAAACACAAGGGAGAUGAGAAACUUCAGUGGGAAGACUAUAAAAAGAUGAAGUUCACUCAAUGCUAUGUGAUACCUAAAGGAUGGGGAGUAAUGAUAUUUUUCUACGCAGUCCAUAUGAAUGGAAAAUUCUUUAACGAUCCUCUCAAAUUCAAUCCCUGGCGUUGGCAAGGAAAGGAUAAAGAAGUACUGUGGAAGAACUAUGAUAUGCUAUUUUCCCCAUUUGGAGGAGGAAGACGGUUCUGUCCAGGAGCUGACUUGGCUAGAAUGAGCAUCUCGUUUUUCCUUCACUACUUUGUAACAAAGUUUAGGUAUGAAGGGCCUGUUCAGGAAUAA